CAGCACCAUCUGCUGCCAUAUACCAGCCUGCACCGCGGCUACCUUCUCCUCCGUUCAACUUCUCACUGGUGCCUGCUGACUCCCUCACUGUGGGAAGAUGGCGGCGGAGCGACAGUCAGGUGCCGGGGCAGAAGAUAAUAAGGAGAAUGAGCGGCCGGUAGCAGGAGGAAAGUCGGGAGCGUUGGGGGACACCCUGGCGUUGGAGAUCCUCCAGAUUAUUAAGGAAUCUCAGCAACAGCAUGGAAUGCGUCAUGGAGACUUUCAGAGAUACAGAGGUUACUGUUCACGUCGUUUGAGACGACUAAGAAAAACACUCAGUUUUAAGAUGGGUAACAGGCACAAAUUCACGGGAAAGAAAGUGACUGCGGAGAUGCUUUCUGAUAACAGGUACCUAUUGCUCAUCUUGAUGGAUGCUGAGAGGGCCUGGAGCUAUGCCAUGCAGCUUAAAAUGGAGGCAAACACAGAACCUCGCAAGCGGUUCCAUUUGCUGUCUCGUUUGCGGAAGGCUGUGAAGCAUGGUGAGGAGCUAGAGCGACUGUGUGAUAGUGACCGUGUUGAUGCCAAGACAAAGUUGGAAGCUCAGGCAUAUAGUGCUUAUCUCAGUGGCAUGCUGCAGUUUGAGCAGCAAAAGUGGGAAGAGGCUAUGAAAGCAUUCAACAAGUGCAAAACCAUCUAUGAGAAGUUGGCCAGCGCCUUCACUGAGGAGCAGGCUGUCCUGUACAACCAAAGAGUGGAUGAAAUCUCACCCAACAUACGCUACUGUGCCUACAACAUUGGCGAUAAGACUGCUAUGAAUGAGUUAAUGCAAAUGAGACUUCGUGGUGGAGGCACUGAAGGACUGUUAGCAGAGAAGUUGGAGACUCUUAUCUCACAGACCAGGGCAAAACAAGCUGCCACGAUGAGCGAGGUGGAGUGGCGAGGGCGCACAAUUCCUAUCAAAAUUGAUAAGGUGCGGAUAUUCCUUCUUGGGCUGUCGGACACAGAAGCUGCAAUUGCUCAGGCUGAAGAUGAGGAGGCCAAAGAACGACUAUUUGAGUCUGUGCUGAGUGAAUGCAGAGAUGCUAUCCAAGGAGUACGGGAGGAACUAAAAUCAGAACAGAGGCUCAGAGAUGCUGUCAUGGAUGGUGACAUUGGGAAAGUAUCCAACUUACAGUACUUGCACAGUUACCUGUCUUACAUCAAGCUGUCCACAGCUAUCCAACGUAAUGAGAGCAUGGCUAGUGCUUUGCAGAAGGCUCUGCUCCGUCAGCCACAACCUGAAGAGGAUGGCAAGAGGAGCCCGCGGCCUCAAGACCUGAUCAGACUUUAUGAUAUCAUCUUGCAGAAUCUGGCAGAACUGACACAACUGCCUGGCUUGGAGGAAGAUCAAAGCUUCCAGAAGGAAACUGUCCUUAAGACUUUAGUGUACAAAGCAUACAGGUGCUUUUUCAUUGCUCAGUCAUAUGUUCUAGUGAAGAAGUGGAGUGAGGCUCUGGUUCUCUAUGACAGAGUUCUGAAAUAUGCCAAGGAAGUACAAGCUCAAGCUGGAGCCGCUAAAAGCAAUCUCAAGGAGUUACCAGAUAUACAAGAACUGAUUAAGCAGGUGAAAUCAGAGAAAUACUCCCUGCAAGCUGCUGCUAUCCUUGACUCAACAGACACCUCAGAAGAGGUUUCACCCUCUCUGACAAAGGAGAACAAGCCUCUCUCAGAAUGUCUAGAUAACUUCUCCCUGGACGCCUCUCUAGUGACCAAACAUGCCCGUCUGGUGCACUUUCCUCCAGACUUCCGUCCCAUACCCUGCAAACCACUCUUCUUUGACCUGGCCUUAAAUCACGUGACUCUGCCAUCUCUGGAGGACAAGCUGGAGCAGAAAGCAAAGAGUGGAUUAACUGGAUAUAUCAAAGGCAUUUUUGGGUUCCGUAGUUAAUGAGCUAAAGAAAAAAGCGAGGGUAGUGAAUACUUUCACUGCUCAGCAGCUUGUUACCCAUCAAUUUGCCCCAUUCAUCCACAGACUGCACAAUGAUACAUUUGCUCUGAGAUAGCAUAACUUCCACAUAAAGCUGUAUGUAGAUCAAUACAUUCUUUUAAUUUAUUGGGAAGUCUCAACCCCAUUUAUUGACCAGUAAUGGGAUAGUGACCACUUUCUUUUGCAGUGUCCUAGCAAUUCCUUCUAUAGGUCAGUCAGGAUCUUCCUGUUGACCUCGCGUUGUAUCAGAAGUGACCACAUUCCGAAGUCGGCACAACAAAAUGUGCAUUUUAGUUUAUCUCCAUACGGUAAGAGGAGGCUUUUACCUGCCAUUUUCUCCCUUUGUAAAAUUGUCACUACUUGUACAAUGUUUAAAAGUGCAUGACACCAUUCUUAAAAUUCUUACAUUGUACUAAGAAUGGAAAGGAAAAAGCUCUCGGAUUUUUUUUUUUUAAAGAAAAUAAAAUGCAUCUGUUUUUGGGGUUA